AUGGCAACCGCGCUCUGCCCGCUCCGCACCCUCGGCCGCGCCGCGCUGCGCCCCCGCGGCCGCCGCCUCCACCUCAGCGCGACCAGAAAUGAUGCAGUUGUGAUCUCUGGAAGGAAGCUGGCCCGGCAGAUCAGACAGGAAGCCCGUCACGAGGUUGAGCAGUGGGUGGCGGCUGGAAACAAGAGACCUCACCUCAGCGUUGUUCUCGUCGGUGAAAAUCCAGCGAGUCACUCCUACGUACUGAACAAAACCAAAGCGGCUGCUGACGUCGGAAUCAGCAGCGAAACCAUCCUCAGGCCGGCUUCUAUUACUGAAGAGGAGUUAUUGGAUUUGAUCAGCAAACUCAAUAAUGAUGCUAAUGUGGAUGGCCUGUUAGUACAGCUGCCUUUACCUGAACAUAUUGAUGAGCGCAAGAUUUGCAACGCUGUGACUCCAGACAAAGAUGUUGAUGGCUUUCAUGUGAUAAACGUGGGGCGCAUGUGCCUUGACCAGUACUCCAUGCUGCCAGCUACGCCAUGGGGGGUGUGGGAGAUCAUUAAGAGAACUGGCAUCCCAACGCUGGGGAAGAACGUGGUGGUGGCUGGCAGGUCGAAGAACGUGGGUAUGCCCAUCGCCAUGUUGCUGCAUACGGAUGGCAGGCACGAGCGCCCGGGAGGCGAUGCCACAGUCACAAUAUCCCACCGCUACACUCCCAAGGAGCAGCUGAAGCAACACACAAUCCGUGCUGAUAUUGUGGUAGCGGCAGCAGGCAUACCCAACCUGAUCACAGCUGAUAUGAUCAAAGAAGGAGCUGCGGUUAUUGAUGUGGGGAUAACGAGAGUGCAAGAUCCUGUCACUGCCAAAUCAAGGCUGGUUGGUGAUGUUGAUUUUGAAGGCGUGAAGAAGAAAGCCAGCUACAUCACUCCGGUCCCUGGGGGAGUUGGGCCCAUGACAGUUGCCAUGCUGAUGAAGAACACCAUCAUUGCUGCCAAGAAGCUGUUGAAACCCAAAGAGCUGGAAGCAUUAACUGCUUAACGUGGGACUCCCUUCAGCACUGAAAAACGACAUUCCGAACUGACUCCUGAAC